AUGUCCAUCUCAUACAUUGACAGGGACAACUCUGGCCCAUUCACAAAACAUGCUCUCUCUAAGCUCAUCACCUCCUUUCUAGAUCCCGAAGACCCUUCUCCCGCAAUUAGCAAAAGUCUACGUCUAGCUCAUGUUCUCUUGCUAUCCAAUCACCUUUCCCUUGCGCAUCAAUUGAUAAAUGCUUUGUCCAAACAUGCAGAACACAUUGUCCCCACAGGCCCAUACCAAACAUCACCUCUCAACUCAACUCUUGCCCUAGCCAACUUCUGGACGUGCCACACUGAAUACCCCCAGCCUCCAAACACCCGCUUCGUCACCAAAGACCUAGCACGCAGCCAAUGGGGAAAAUACCGUGAGUGUACCCGCACGGGCUGGAUGCUAGAGCACUGCAAGCUCCCCGAGCCCGCCAAUCCGCACAUAUGGCAAAAGACAGACGACGCGACCGUUCUGGCCAUGUGCUGCCGUCUGCUCGCCAAAGACAAAACAGAUGGGCAAUACCCGUCUCAAGAACGCAUGAAGGAGGCGCUCGAGGUGGCGAAAAAGCUGUAUGCGCAGCCGCAAGUACCCAUCACGGAAUGGAAGUUCGAGAAAGGUGUGAGGAGACAUGGAGAGCUGCUGUACUGGCGGUUAGUCGUGGAACUUGCGAUCCGGGUAGGAGAGUUGGAAACUGCGGCGGAUGUGCUGGGGAUGGGGCUGCGACUUGAUGGAUUUAGCACGUAUAACGGAAGUGAUGUGAUAGAGUACCUUGCAUUGCCGGGCAUUUGGGAUGUUUUGCCUUUAUUAGCGAAAAGGGGCAAGGAUGCAAAUCCGUUUUAUCUUGAGGAAGAAGAUGCGGAAGUGUUGGUCAAGGAAGUGAUUCAGGCGAUAGAGCUGAGAGCUAGGAACGGGAGGCAGUGGUCACUAGCACCGGAGAAAGUGGGCUGGAAAGAACUGUUGAGGAGACUCUCUGUGGGGGCAUGGAAGGUUAAUCGGCCUUGUUAUAAGCGGAAUGGCAUCAGGCGAGCGGAAGAUAUACUGUAUCCUCCUGCGACUGAGGAGGAGAUCGAAGCAGCUGAGAAAGAAAUUGGGGAGCUACCGGCCGAUUUUAAAGACAUGGUCCGCAUUGCGAAUGGGUUCCAGGGAGGAUGGCAUUUCCUCAGCGGUGGGAUCGCUGGCAUCCGAAACCUCACGAAAAGUACUGACCAAGAUCUGGACAAUAUUGCCUUAGACUUUGAAGACCUAGGUAUGACACAAGACGGCCUUCUCUCUGAGGUGAUGCUUGAACUGGAGCCUGGAAACGAGUGCGAUGGCUUCCAACAUUAUAUCAUGCCACCGAAGACUUGGAAGGAGAAUAUAGUAGGCCGGGAAGUCAGGGAUGGUGAAUAUCAAUACUGGAACGCAGCAUCUUGGCAAGGUGGGAUAAAUAGAUACGACUCGGUUAGAGAUUGGGUUGCUUGCUGUGUGGAGGAGGUGGAAGAUAUGGCUGCUAGGGGUGAGGUGGCGGAUCAUUCUGAAGGUGAAGAUGAGGAUGAGGACGAGGAUGAUAGCGGGAACGAUGAAGACGACAAGCCAGAGAGUGAACAGUUAGAGAAAGGUAAUGGCGUGUCUGAAGUUGUUGAGAAAGAAAGUUCGAUGAGCGAAGAUAGCUGGGUGAAAGUCGAUGACUAG